AUGGGCUGUAGCUGCAGCUCAAACCCAGAAGAUGACUGGAUGGAAAACAUCGAUGUAUGUGAAAACUGCCACUACCCCAUAGUCCCACUGGAUAGCAAGACCACGCUGCCCAUGCGGAAUGGCUCUGAAGUGCGUGAUCCACUGGUCACCUACGAGGGAUCCAACCCCCCAGCUUCUCCACUGCAAGACAACCUGGUUAUCGCCCUGCACAGCUAUGAGCCUUCUCACGACGGAGACCUGGGCUUCGAGAAGGGUGAACAGCUCCGUAUCCUGGAGCAGAACGGCGAGUGGUGGAAGGCGCAGUCCCUGACCACGGGCCAGGAAGGUUUCAUCCCCUUCAACUUUGUGGCCAAAGCGAACAGCCUGGAGCCCGAACCCUGGUUCUUCAAGACCCUGAGCCGCAAAGACGCGGAGAGGCAGCUCCUGGCGCCGGGAAACACGCACGGGUCCUUCCUGAUCCGGGAGAGCGAGAGCACGGCGGGAUCGUUUUCACUGUCGGUCCGGGACUUCGACCAGACCCAGGGAGAAGUGGUGAAACAUUACAAGAUCCGUAACCUGGACAAAGGCGGCUUCUACAUCUCGCCCCGCGUCACUUUUCCCGGCUUGCACGAGCUGGUCCGCCAUUACAUGAAUACUUCGGACGGGCUGUGCACACGGCUGAGCCGCCCCUGCCAGACCCAGAAGCCCCAGAAGCCGUGGUGGGAGGAUGAGUGGGAGGUUCCCAGGGAGACGCUGAAGCUGGUGGAGCGGCUGGGUGCUGGCCAGUUCGGAGAGGUGUGGAUGGGGUACUACAACGGGCACACGAAGGUGGCAGUCAAGAGCCUGAAGCAGGGCAGCAUGUCCCCCGAUGCCUUCCUGGCCGAGGCCAACCUCAUGAAGCAGCUGCAACACCAGCGGCUGGUCCGGCUCUACGCGGUGGUCACCCAGGAGCCCAUCUACAUCAUCACGGAAUAUAUGGAGAACGGAAGCCUGGUGGAUUUUCUCAAGACCUCUGAAGGCAUCAAGCUGACUAUCAACAAACUCUUGGACAUGGCCGCCCAAAUCGCAGAGGGCAUGGCAUUCAUUGAAGAACGGAAUUAUAUCCACCGUGACUUGAGGGCUGCCAACAUCCUGGUGUCCCAUACCCUGAGCUGCAAGAUCGCAGACUUUGGUCUAGCACGCCUCAUUGAGGACAACGAGUACACAGCCAGGGAGGGUGCCAAGUUUCCCAUUAAGUGGACAGCCCCAGAAGCCAUUAACUAUGGGACAUUCACCAUCAAGUCGGACGUGUGGUCUUUCGGGAUCCUGCUAACAGAGAUUGUCACUCAUGGUCGCAUCCCUUACCCAGGGAUGACCAAUCCUGAGGUGAUUCAGAACCUGGAGCGAGGCUACCGCAUGGUACGACCUGACAACUGCCCGGAGGAGUUGUACCAGCUUAUGAUGCUGUGCUGGAAGGAGCGCCCAGAGGACCGGCCCACCUUUGACUACCUGCGCAGCGUGUUGGAGGACUUCUUCACAGCCACGGAGGGCCAAUACCAACCCCAACCCUGA